CCAAGCCUUAAACGUGUCAGGUGUAAUGUCAAUAAAUAAAAAAAAAAUAUUCAUUGUCAUUGCCAUCCAGUCUUUUAUUGCUGGACUUAGUUGCGUGACCCAGAAGGUCUGACGUGUGAUCGGUAUCUGCAGGACAUCUUUACUGUGGUCAGGCAAUGUAACAUAUUCGUAACACAGUAUUACGGCACAUACGUGGCUUUUAGUCUUUGGUGUUCGUACGGUCUAGUGUCUACAAAUAUAAAAUACAAUAUACACAUUCAUAUUGAUACACAUACAUUGGGUCUUGUUAGUAGUUUGUAGCCUACAUACCUUAGUUGUUGUAACAGAAUAAAAUCGUGGUAUCGGCAGGGCACUGGAUAUUAUAGUUAACUCUUCCUCCAUGUCACAUAAGACCUUCAUGUGUGGAAGUGUCACCCAGGUUUUGAGCUGAGCUGGACGGUGACAUGCCCAUGAAAAUAUGACAGUAUUGAUUCAACUUCCGUCCUGGCGACUGUUGUCAUCGUGAGGAUUUCAUUUGUUGAUCUUUACUUUAUAGUUAUUAAUUAAUGAUGGUGAUAAUGAUGAUCAUUAAUUAAUAGUUUUAGUUAAAGUUUGAUGUGGUGAAAAAUCGACAAGAUGUGACCUGUAAUUUUAAUUUAAUUGAGUUUGGAUAUUUCUAAGUGAAGGAAUGACUUAUUGCUCAAAAUGAUGGGGCUUGAAUUGAUGCUCGCUGGAAUUUACGCGCUUACUAGCAAUAAUUCGCUCAAUUAUACUCUUGAUCAUCGGUAUAGAUGGGAAGUUAGUUUAGAUGAUGUUGUCUCAUGGAACCACAACAAAACUAAAGAGGCUGAGCACUACUAUGAUGCAUUGCCAGAAGAAUUAUUGGUGACAACUUGGGAUGAAGGACCAUAUUCUUCAUACAAUAACAUAAAUGGAAAAAUCAUCGGUGGAGGUUAUGCUUUCCAAAUCUUUGACAUAAUAGCAAAGAAAUUAAAUUUUAAGUACCGAAUCAUUCCACCUGAAGAUCUAACAAUCGGCAACAAUGAAACGGGUAUGAUCAGCAUGCUGAACCAAUCGAAAGUUGACAUGGCGGUCGCGUUUAUACCAAUAAUCCCUGAGUACAUGAAUUUCGUUGAAUUUAGCCCGAUAUUAGAUUCCUUGGAAGUGUCAGUACUAAUGGAACGACCAUUACAGUCUGCCAUCGGGUCUGGACUUCUUGCUCCAUUCAGCAAGACCGUUUGGAUCUGUAUAUUUGUGUCGUUAGCCCUAGUGGGUCCAAUUAUUUACUUCGUAACUUCGUUCCGUACUUGGUUAUGGGACCGUACUAACCAAGAUAUGUAUUCAUUUAUCGAUUGUGUCUGGUUCGCUUACGGUGCUAUACUAAAACAAGGAUCAGCAAUCACUCCUGAAGCUGAUUCAAAUAGACUAUUGUUUGCAUCCUGGUGGAUUUUUAUAACAAUUAUAACUGCUUUUUAUACUGCUAAUUUGACUGCAUUUUUGACAUUGUCUGAAUUUACGCUGGAGUUUACUUCAGUUAAAGAUAUUUAUAACUUACGCAAAUCUUGGACAGCUCAACGUCAUUAUAUUAUUGAUAUUACAGUAAAUAGAAAUGAUCCAGGAGAACUUGAACCUCUCAAAAAAUCACUUAACAAAACCCGUGGUAUGUUUUACAACAUUACCAAAGAGGACAAUAAAGCUAGAAAAGUAGCCGGUUUUGUUACAAACGAUCGUUUGUUCAUCGAUGAAGUUCAAUUCGUCGAGGAUUUCAUCUACCGUGAUUAUCUGAAUCGUACGCGUUUGAACAUGAUAGAAAAGGAGAAAUGUUACUACAUUAAAAUGCCGAACUCUGUAUAUGAACAAAAUCGUGGAUUUGCUUAUCCAUUGAAUUCGCGGAUUAAAAAAAUAAUUGACCGACAAUUGUUGCACUUAGUAGAAACGGGGAUAAUCAAGCACAUAGAAUCGGUAAAUAGACCGAUGGUUACAUAUUGCCCACUCGAUUUAGGUUCGACGGAACGUAGAUUGGAGAACAGAGACUUUAAAUUGACGUACGAAGUUGUUGCAACUGGUUUUUUGUUGGCAUUGAUAUGCUUUAUUGUUGAAGUAAGUCAACAUUACUUCAAGUGUCGGGUGUGCUUGUGUUGCGCUGACUCAUGUACCUGUUGCAAAACGCGUAUGAAGAUGCAAGUAAGUCCAGCGAAGCGCCCGCAAUUACCAUUACCUCCAUUGCCGAUAACAAAAGAACCAAUUAAAACCGAAUUUUCGGCGUUUUCUCAGCCUCAAAUUCCAAUUUACGAUUCUAUUGACAAUGUUAUAAGUUCUAAAACUCGUUUUAUUAAUGGACGUGAUUAUUUUGUUAUUAAAGGAGUUACGGGGGAAAAACGAUUAGUACCAGUUCGUACACCAUCAGCGUUAUUAUUUCAAUACACUAAU